AUGUUCAACUUCAUAAAAAAGGCUACCAUCGUACCAGGGGUAAUCUCCGACAAAGACAAAGAGGAGAAAGAAAAAAGAAAACGAGACAAAAAGGACCGGAAAGAAAAACAAAAACGCGAACGUGCUAAUAUGUCAGCUGAAGAACUUUUGAGAUUGGACGAGGUGAGACGAUCAUUAAAAAUCAGAGGCCGUCGAAAGGACAAAGAAAAACUUCCUUCCGGUAUAACAGCAGACUACACCGCUGACUUCCUAGCAAGUCUAGAACGCACCGACUCACCUUUAUACCCGCAUCCAGGAUCACCGCAUCAGUCCGGCCAUCAUCUACACAACGAUGGAUACACGCAAUCAGACAGUUCCGAAACCAGCCUCAAUUCACUCCAAAAUCACAAAAACGUACCUCCAUUACCUCCAAAGCCUCCCAAAAGGGGAAUACUUAAAACGCCAAAGGUUAGCAUAACGCUCGACAACAAUGAAGAAGAAGAGGAAGAAAUUAAUGGUUACGAUUCCACCGAUAAUCAUUCCAGUCUGGUCAGGAAUACACUCCAAAACGAACUAAUCACUUAUCAAAAUUUACCCAAUCAUAAUGGCGUUAAUGGCAAGAAUAUGGGUUCGCAAUUGUUAGUCAUUACUUCUACUUCACCCAGCGCUGAUAGCUUGACAGAUACAACGAAUUCUUCGUUUGCUACACCUCCGUUUUCUUUGAGUCCCGUGGGCGAAUCACAGGGGUUUCACAGAUGGUCCAGAACGGCAAACUUCGACGACGUGAAUCUACCUCUACCGGACAUAAUACCGCUCGUUCUUCCGAAACCGCGAAUUUUGACGAUUCAAAGACAAAAACCGCCUCGGAACGAUUUCGGGUUUUCGUUGCGACGCGCGAUGGUGCUCGAAAGGUGCGGCGCGAAUAACGGAAACUGUGAUUCGGAAGUGAGCAUGCGCGCCGUGAUAUUCGCGGAACCGGGCGCCAUAGUGCAACAUCACAACGAAACGGGUUUGUUACCGGGAGAUAAAUUAUUGGAAGUAAACGGUACGCCCGUGGAGGGUAGAACGAGAGAGGAUAUCAUUGAUCUCAUCAAGGCGUCCGGCGAAAGUGUCACGCUAAAGGUCCAACCCGUAGCCGAACUUAGCGAGUUGAGCAGACGAUCAGGCCACGAUGGGGGUGAAAUACAUCUUGAUGAUUCGAACAUUCGUGGGGGCACGUUACGGAGGUCAGGGAGCAGACGGUUCAAUAAAAACGCAACGGCUAAAACAGAGGAACAUUUGGUAAACGAAAAAUUAUGGCUGGAUGCGGAAAAAUUAUGGCUUAUGCACCGAGGAGGAUUCGCAGCGGCAAGAAAAGAAAGCGAAGGCGAACAGGAACCUGGAAAAAUUAAAAUCCGACUCGAAGCUACCGGAGAAAUCCUUUGUGUAGAUGAAGAUGACAUCGAAAAGGCUAACCCUCCUCAAUUCGAUAGAGCAGAAGAUUUAGCAUCGUUAAGGCAUUUAAAUGAGUCUGGAGUGUUGCACACGUUACGGCAGCGUUACGCCAUGAACCUCAUACAUACGUACGCUGGAUGUGGAACGAUGUUGGUUGUCAAUCCCAUGGCACCCUUAGCGAUUUAUUCAGAGAAGGUGGUGUCGCUGUUUAAAGGCUGCAAAUCAGAGGACAUGCCACCACAUAUUUACUCAAUGGCGCAGUCAUCCUACCAAGCCAUGUUAUCAACGCGACGAGACCAAAGUAUAGUUUUUAUGGGUCGUUCGGGUUCCGGAAAAACGACCAAUUUCCGACAUUGCGUGCAGUAUUUGGUUACGGCCGCCGGAUGUAUUAACAAAGUACUUACCAUAGAAAAACUCAGCGCCCUCUGGACCGUUCUGGAAAGCUUUGGGAAUUGCAAGACGAUCAUGAACACCAAUGCUACCAGGUUCACGCAGAUAUUCAGUUUAGACUUCGACCAAAGCGGUGUCAUUGCAUCGGCGAGCAUCCAAGUAUUAAUGUUGGAAAAAGUGAGAAUAACGAAGAAAGUGGAAACCGAAACGACUUUCCAUAUCAUGCAACGUUUGUUGUCUGGCAUAGAAGGCAACUUGAGGAAAGAACUGUUUUUGGAUAAUCUUACUGGCAACGAAACCAAUCCGUUCAUAAAUCUAUUGCAAAAACACGAAGAUAAACAAAGAGCUCAAAUGGAGUUUGUUAAAGUUUGUAGUGCAUUGAAUGUACUGGGCAUAUCGGAAAAUGAACAGAAAUUGGUGUUUUCGGUGCUAGCGGCGAUUUUCCAUUUGGGAUGUGCAGGUGCUGUCAAAGCUGGAAACAACAAUCGAUACCAAUUCGCAAAUCCUCAAAGUGCCCAAAGAGCUGCAAACCUUUUGGGUACCACUAUCGAGGAACUUUCGAGAGUCAUAUUCGGCUUGGCCUCUGGAGGCAUGUGCACCCCCAAUCAACCUAGGGCUCCUUUCAGGACGCCUUCGCCUACUGAUAAAGGUUUAGACAGAGAAGCCGUCGGUCUAGAAGCAGUAGAAGGUGUUAUCAUUGGCCUCUAUUCAGAAGUUUUUAAUUGUGUAACUUCGCUUCUAAAUAGAUCGAUAUCAGCCUCAACAUACACAGUCUCAUCAAUUAUUCUGGUAGAUACGCCUGGUUUCCAAAAUCCAGCGACUUGUGGACGCCAAGUAGGCGCUACCUUCGAAGAUCUUUGUCACAAUUAUCUUCAGGAGAGAAUGCAGUUACUCUUCCAUCAUACCAAUCUAGUCGCUCCGAAGGAUAAGUACCUACAAGAAAAUAUCGAUUUUACUUACGAUGAAAACGAAAACGAGAAUUUGAUUAAUCCGACACCUUUGGUUAAUUUGUUAGAUAAAACUGCUCAAAAUAGCGUAAUUAGAACUUCUCAAAUGGAUCUGCAUGAAGGCGAUAGAAGAGGUCUUCUUUGGCUUCUCGAUGAAGAAGCGAUAUAUCCAGGCUCGUCCGAUGAAUCCUUUUUGGAACGACUAUUUACGCAUUACGGAGAAAGAGAUCAUCAAUUGUUACUUAGAAAAGCACCGGGAAAUAGUCAGUUUAUUAUUCAACACCUUCAAGGGACCAAUCCUGUCCUUUAUUCCGCCAAAGGUUGGCUCAAAUAUAGUAGAGAAAAUCCAAUUUCCAGGACUGCCGUUACUUUGCUUCAAGAAAGUUGCAAGGAAGACCUCAGCGCGUUAUUUGUUACUGUAAGAGGUUUAGGACCGUCGAGUUUUGGAGGUUCAUUAGUAGGCUUAGACGGUUCGCAGUCAUUACGUAGAGCUUCAAGUAUACGAAGGACUUUCACAGGCGCUGCUGGAAUAAAACGGAAGAGCGUUUGUCUUCAAACUAAAUUUACCAUUGAUGGUCUAAUAGAAACUUUGAGAAGGACCAAACUGAGAUUUGUUCAAUGCAUUUUGCCUCAACAUAAUGCUGGAUUGUGCGAAGCAAAUGCAUCAUUAAUGGCUGUGAAAACUACAGGACAACCCGAUGAUUCGUUAUUGAAUGUUCCUCUUCUCAGGUCUCAAAUAAGAGGUGGUCAAAUUUUGGACGCUGUGAGAUUAUACAAACAGGGUUUUCCUACUUCACUUCCUCUAGGAGAAUUUAGAAGAAAAUUUAAUCUACUAGCAACGGAUUACAAAUCGUCUUCGCCGGUUUUGGAUGAAAAAAAGGCUGUUGAAGAUAUGCUGAUAGCUCUGGACUUGGAAGUAUCCAGUUACAGAAUCGGUCUCAGUCAAAUCUUCUUCAGAAAUGGCGUCAUUUCUCAGUUGGAAACGCAGCGCGACGAGCGUCUGGCUGGUAUGGUUGUCAACCUCCAGGCUAACUGUCGAGGUUACUUGGCCAGAAAGAAGUUGGCGCAGAAGAAAUUGCAGGAUUUGGCUGUACGAUGUAUUCAGAGGAACGUUAGAAAAUUUAUAGCGGUUCGAGAUUGGCCCUGGUGGAGGCUGUUGGUUAGAGUUACUCCAUUGCUGAACGUCUACAGGACAGAGGAGGAAUUAAAAAUUAAAACGAACGAACUGGAAGCAAUCAAACAAAAACUGGAGAAGCUUGAAAGUGAGAGAACCAAGUUGAAACAUGACAAUGAUAAAUUGGAAGCUAAGCUCUCAGAAAUGACAGCAGACCUCGCCGAAGAACAUUCAACGGCCACUUUGGCUGCCGAGAGACUCGAUGCCGAAACAUCGGAACGUUUGAAACUAGAGAAGGAAUUGAACGAUGUACAAUCCAAAAACAAAGAUCUCCAACAAUCCUCAGAACGUUUGGAAUUGGAACUGCUAUAUGCCAGAUCGGAUUUAAAUGGAAUUUCCGAAGAAGACGAAGACGGGGAGGGCGACGGUGGUGUUUAUAAACAAAGAUACGAGAGGGCAUUGAAAGAGUUGGAGUUUACUAAGAGGAGAUUACAGCAACAACACGAGGACGAUUUGGAACAGCUGAUUGGACUGAAGAAACAAUUGGAAAAGAAGUUAGCAGAUGCAUACGAAGAAGUGGAAGAACAACGGCAAGUCGUCGGUCAGUGGAAGAGGAAAGUUCAAAAAUUGAACGGCGAAAUGAACGAUCUUAAAUUAUUAUUGGAAGAACAAAAUGGAAGAAAUAAUUUGUUGGAAAAGAAGCAGCGAAAAUUCGAUUCCGAAACGCAAAUGUUGCACGACGAGUUGAAAAAAGAAAGACAAAAUAAGGAAAGAUUUGCUAGAGAAAAAGAAAUUUGCAUUGCCGAGAAAUAUGCUAUCGAAAGCACUCUUGCUGACACCAGACUGGAAUUAGAACUAAAAGAAGAAAAACUAUUGGGCUUGCAACGCGAAUUUGACGAAAUAACCUGCGGCGGUAAGACCGAAGAGGAAGUGACCAUUUUAAGAAAGCAAAAGAUCGACUGCGAAAGAAGACUGCAAGAUCAAGAAGAAGAGCUAGAUGAACUUGCUGGACAAGUACAAUUACUGGAACAAGCUAAACUUAGAUUGGAAAUGACGUUGGAGUCUAUGAGGAAGGAGUCUAAAAAGGAAGCUCAAAUGAGGGAUGAAGAGUUAGAGGAAGUUCGGUGUAAUACGCAAAAGAAAAUUAAAGCUUUCGAACAACAACUAGAAAACGAACAUGAAGAACGCACGUUAUUGUUAAGAGAAAAGCACGAAUUGGAGAGGAGGUUGCAAGCAGCCGCCGAAAUGGAAAGACACGACAGAGCCGGAGACGAAGCACUCUUGCAACGACUGAAGAGGGACCUGAAGAGAACGAAAGCUUUGCUUAGAGAUACACAAGCUCAAUUGGAUAGGCAGAAAUCGGAAGCGCCUGGAAAAGCGACAAUCCGACAACUCAGAAAUCAAUUGGAAGACUUGGAAUGCGCCAGGGCAUUGGCAGUAAAGGCCAAACAGAGUCUGGAGACUGAACUAUUAGAAACCCAGUCUCAAUUGGACGAGGCACACAAACAAAAACAAGAAAGCGACGAACGCGCUAACUCAUUGCUUCGCGAAAAGAGCGAUCUACAGACGCAGCUAGAGGAAAACGAAGAAGAACUUGCAGAGGUAUUGAAGAAAUUCAAAGGAACCGUUCAACAGAUGUCAUUGGAUCAGAUGGCUUUGCAAGAGCAAGUUUCUUUGGUAUCCGAAUUGGAAAUCGAAAGAAAUCAUUUGAGGGAACAACUUGCCGAACUUACUACCAAGUUGGAGUCUGUUGAGAGUAUGGGCGAGUCGUCGUCGAAUUUGCUAGUCAGAAGGUCGGAACUGAAAGUCAAAGAGCUGGAAUCAAAAUUAGAAUUAGAACAGACGACUAGGUCUAGAUUAGAAGUACAAAUUAGUAGAUUGAAAGAAGCCGUUGAAAAGUUACAAAGCGAUUUAUCCAAUGCCAGAGUGAAAGAACAACAAAGUCAAGACCAAGUCAAGAAGUUACAAAGACAAAUGAGGGAAAUCAAGGAAGAAUUAAACAUAAGCCUGGCCAAAGAAUCGGAGGGUAUUAUUAAGAAGAAGGAAUUAGAAAAACGAUGUGAGGCUUUAGAAGGUGAAGCUGCCACGUCCCGGACUGAUUUAAGACUCGCUUUGAAGCGAAUUGAAGAUUUACAAUCUGCAAUUCAAGGAGACUUAGAAGAUACCAUAUCAGAUAAUUCAGACAGUGAGCCGGAUACUUACAGUUCUGACGAUUCUGUUAAUAAAUAUCUAGCUAAUCAUAAAUCCAAUAUGAAAAUUGAGAAAUCGCAAGUAGGAAAUGAUUCCAAAAGGUUAUCGAGCGUCAGUCGCUCAAGUACCUCCAGCAACAUAGGUAAAGAUCUUUCGUAUACCUGA